CAGAGAUGGUAGAAUCCUCGUGAGGUCAGCAGCAGACGCCCGCUCCGCCGGCACCACAGAACACAGCCCUGGCAGAGCCAAUUGUGUGUGUGCGGCGUCCGUGCAAGCGUGCGCGCCGUGCGAAUACAGCGCCGUGGUGGGGGCACCUCCGUCCCCACGACCAGCGCCGUUUCGUUCCGUGUCCGGCCCCCAGCUGUGUCGCCGGCCACGGUGAGCAGAUGUCCUCGAGCCAGGGGGCCUUAGCAGCCCACCCACCCCCCCGCGCCGCUUCCCGGUGUGCGGGCCCGCUGGGGCGAACCGGCGUCAGCCCGCCCAUGAGCCCGUGAUGGAACAACAACGACGGCGGCUGCUGGUGCUGGCUGCUCUCUCUCCGCCGGCUGAGGAAUCCCGAUGGCUCUUGCGAGGCUCGGCGUCCACGAAACGCGAAACAUAAAAGGCCUAUUGUGGACCACGCCUGUGCCCGUGCUUUGCCCGUGCUAAGCCCUGCGGCAUGAUGACGACGUAAAAGGGAGCCACAGCGAGGUCACAAGCGGACCGCCCCGUCCCCCGUUCCGCCACCAUGACCUCCCCGGCCACCAUCGAUGCUGCCGCUGCCACCUCAGCCCCGACACCGACUCCUGCGGCGAGGCCCUAUGGCCUGGACUGGGUGCCGGAGGGUGGCGUGUGGAGCGACUGCAAGGACGAGAUCGAGCGCUCGUACACUGUGGUGCCCACGGCCAUCUGCGGCACAUGCUGCGUCUUCGGCAUCGUCUACUGCUUCUUCGGUUACCGCUGCAUCAAGGCAGUGAUGUUCCUGACAGGCCUCAUGUUCGGCUCCGUCGUCAUCUUCCUGUUGUGCCACAAGGAGCGUGUGUUGGACACAGAACUGACGCUCGAGGCCAGUGCGGGCAUCGGCCUGGCCAUCGGCCUGCUCUGCGGCCUCGUGACUAUGCUAGUUCGCACAGUCGGCCUCUUCACCACGGGCCUCCUGCUGGGCCUGCUGCUGGCCGCCACGACCCUUGUGGCCAUAGAGCCCUACUACCGGCCGCCGACCGCCUGGGUGCCGCUGGGCGCGCUUGUGGGCUCGGGGAUGCUCUUCGCAGUGCUCACGCUGCAGUGGCCCAAGCCCUUCGUAGUCCUCUCCACGUCAGCGUUCGGAGCGGCCGUUGUGACCGCCGCUGUCGACUACUUUGUGGAGAUGUUCGCACUUGUGCGCUACGCCUCCGACAGGCUGCGCUCGCCCAACAGCGCUAGCGCGACAUUCUGCUGGUACAGCUGGGCCGUGCUGUCCGUGUGGCCCACGCUCGGCCUGCUGGGCAUCCUCGUGCAGUGGAAGGUGACGGCCGAGAGACCCAACCAUGCCGAAGUGAUAAUCAGGCACCGGCAAAAGCGCGUGCAGAUGAUGCGGAUCCGACAGCAGAAGCAGCAACAGCACGUGGGCAAGCGGCAGCGCGUCCCCCCUGAGGGCAUUUACCGCCGCAAGCCCUGCCCCGUGCGCCGCUUCACAGGAGAUGUGCUGCCUCCGAGCUACAUCCAGAGCCUACGCGAGCGGCAGCACGAGGCGUCGAUGAGCAGCCUGAGCGGAGCUGCGGCGGGGCCCCACACCACUGUCGACGUGGAGUACGACUGCGGCUCCAUGGUGCCGCUCACUGCCCCCAUGAGCAGCUCCGCGGUGCGGGCGUGACGCCCGCCGACCAAGUGGAGGCGCAGAACCGCGCACGAGCAAGGGGGGGGGCAGCGUCGCACGCAUUCAAGCACGACCGAGUCCACCGCAGCAAUAUGCAACGCAUGCCGCACAGAGGCUUUGCUUUAGCUGUGCCGCCGACGCCGAACAUCAGCAUUCGGUCAACAGCAUAACAACGGCUGCCCUUGUGCAACACUGCUGUACUUACAGGGGUGCUGAUAUUGGCAGGCAGAGAUGUCAUAUUCGGCGACGCGCGAUGCUCGCUAGCAUAGAAGUGGACGAAAAUACUGCAUAUGUACCUAUUUGACAGUGUUUUUUUUUUGGAGAAUUUGACACUUAUUAAUGGGGAUACAAAAGGGGAAAAUUAUUCCCUUAUGCAUACAGGGCUUCAAAAGCAUUUAUAUACAGAAUUUACAACUGUAUCAGUAUCAACUUAUAAAUAUGUAUGCAGUACGUACAAUACAUGUACAUACAAAUAUCGUCUACGGGGAGUCUCUAGAGCUCCCUCUAGGAGAGGCCCUUCUGCCAGCAGUGGGGUGAGCAAGUAGUUGCAGGGCUGUACCUUUACAAUUUACAUUCAACCUAUACGUACGACUAUCCAUAGGCACAUUCACAUAAUGGGGCAGGGAAAACGUUGGAGGCAACAUGCAAAUCCUGCACACAUCUACAGAUGCUGUACUUAAUUUUCCUUUGUAAUUACCCCAAAUAUCAAUGCAUUUAUUAAUCCUAUUAUGAGAACAAAAUCGGGAGCUAUAAAAUACGCCAAACAUGAUGUCACUGUGACCCAAUGCUCGAAAACAUUUUGGCUAGUUCUCACAUCGUAUGAUGUGUGCGCGCGUGUGUAUUUACAGAAGGCAAACUACUAUAAAGACAAUACACACAUCUUCUUGGUUCUUUCGGUAAUAAAAGAUGUGUAUUUUAUUAUUUCCCUUCUACGUGACUUUACCGAAAGAACCAAGAAGAUGAAUCCCUGCAGUCACGAACGCUUUAAAUCGAAAAAUACAAUACACAUUAAAAAUGGGAUGAAGUCAUUUGUGGACACCCGAAUAAAAGCACGGGCAGACGUCACGAGUAAAAUGUACGUCCAUCCCUACACCACAGUUUAGUGUACACAGUCCAUUCUUUUUUAAUUAUUAUAACAUCCAUGUUGGAAGAAAGCAUAGACUGGCCAUUUGCAACUCUCAACUGUCUUGCAUGAUGAAAAUAAUUCAACUCAAUUUUUAGACUAUAUAUUGUUCACAUGUACAUUUAAUUCUCCAAAUUGUUUCAUCACACAUGCAGCGUCAUUGCAUAUUAUAGUUAUUUGUGUUAAAAACCUUGUUUUUAAACUGCAAAUUCAUAUAUAUACACACAACAUACAUAGUGAUACACACACACCGGAAAUGAGUUAAGUUCUCGCUUUAAAUCAACUACGCUGUUUUUCCUGCCAAGGCAGGCUAAAACAGCUGCAUAAAGCACCAUGCCCGAACUAAAGAUACAAAUUAGAACGUGUCUCAGUGACACAUUGUCUGUGAACGUGCAGCAACAUUCCCUCCCACACUGUCACAAUUGGGCAGUGAUACUGUGGAAUUCUAGCUUUAAAAAAACACCUUCUAUAGGCGCACAUCAAAAUGACACAGCGGCUUUUGCUAUAUAUGGCUUAAAAUAAAAUGUGCACUGAAAUCACACACGCACAUUAUCACAAGUUCAAUUUGCAACUUCAGUUUUUGGCAUCAAUUGAAAUGUGCUGUAUAGAAAUGGAAAUAACUUGUCGAUAAGAUUGUAUGUGUUACAAAAACACUGGUACACCAUAAGUUAAGUACUGCAUUGUUAUAAAUGACCCUAAACCGACGUAGAUGAAGUGAGAAUUAGAGAUUUUUUUUUGCCAUAAAAAAUGAAAAUGUGAAAAAAAGCUUCAACCCAUUUAAUGGUAACAUGAUUUUCUUUUGCUGUUAAAUGCUUUUAGUUUCUGUGCUUGUAAAUUAUGAGUCGCAAAACAGCAACAUAAGACGAUUUUAAACAAACAUAGUAUUAAUAACAAUACGUUUAUUCCCUUAGAGUUCUCAUGAGUAUUGUGUUUUUGUCUAUUUAAUAACUUUCAUUAUUUCCUAGCACAUGCACCAAUACACUUUAAACGCUCCACACUCAGCACCCACGUGCUGUAUUUUAGUACCGGAGGUUGUAUGUAACAACUUGCAUAUAUGGAUACAUUUAUUUUAAAACGUUGAUGAUUGCCAUAUUUUUUGCAGCCCACACAAGAUGGAUAGCGCUUUAAAUGCUUGCCACAUUAUGUGAGAACACUUGGUUUGCACACACUUUAAUUUAUGACUGUUGUGUGAGUGUCCUUAAUUUUGUAUGUGUUCGUUGUGUUGUAUAUGACUUGUGAUGAUUAAAGUCCUUUGACCUGCUUUAUAUAAAUUUGCUGAAUGACCUUGAAGGUUUUUUUAAAUUCUUGACAUUUAAUUGAAACUACUGUGCGAGGUUGCUCUCUCAAUUAUUUAUUUGCAGAUGUGAAAUUUAAUUGUUGUAAAUAUAAUAAUGAUGAUAUGUGUAUAGUUGCCUCUACGGUAUGUUAUUUAUUUAAGUUAAGACACGCGGCCGCAAUGCAAGUCUAUUUUAUCACCCUUGCAAUAACACGUAACAUUUCUUGUGAAAAUAAAACCCGAAGUUUUAACAAGU